CAUAAUAUUGGGGGUUUUUAUGGAUUAACUUUUUUGAUUGUUAUUAUUUUGAGUAGUAAAGGAACAGUAAUCACUCUUUAUUUCGUAAUUGUCUACACCAUCAAUAACAAUAGAUUUGAUAUUAUGGACGACCUGAAUAAUGAAUUAUGGUUACUGUGGACAGUUUUUUUAUUUAUUGUGUUGACUACUUCUAUCACUAGAACAGAGAAGGAGAGUAAAAAAACGAGGCAUGUAAUUAAUUUACUUAUGGAUAAACGGAAAAUAUCUGAGCGAGUUGAAAAACAAUUAUUUAAAUUUUCUGAUGAUCUUUUGCGCCGGAAAUUCAAAUUUUCCGCUUGCGAUAUUGUCCCGCUAAAUCGUACCCUUCUGAAAGAUAUUGCCGGGACCAUAGCAACAUAUCUUGUUAUUCUUGUACAAUUUCGCAAUGACAAUCAGUCUCAUUAAACAAAUUGAAAUUACCACGCAAUCGAUAAGUAUUUUUUUUAAUUAGCUGAUACGAAUAAUGAAAUACAUCAACAAUAAAAAAAAAAUUUACAACCACGCAAUAUAGUAUGGAAAGCUUUUCAAUCGACUUCGUUCGAGCGGUCUUCAUUAGUCUUUAUCGCGUGUUCGCAGUAUUAAAGUGACACGUCAGUUCUUUAUUAUUUUUUGAUAAAAAAUUUGAAAAACCAAAAAUGUAUUACAUUGAACAUGAUUCAGUGCGUUAUAAAAAUUUUGUAGUUAUCCAAAAUUUUCUAUUUAAAACCAUUGGGCUGUCGCCGUGGACUGUAAAUGGUGCUCAAAAAUGUGACAAGAAUCAAAGAGUUCAUAAUGAUCAAAAUUAUGAGUGCAAUUUUUCGUAUUUUGGAUCUUUUUAUAAUAUCAUGAUAUUUGUAUGUGUGGUUUCACUGACUUUUUACGUUAAAUUUAAUGGUGGACUUCAUCAAAAACAACAAGAUUCAUUUUUGACCAGUUCAAUAUCAAUGAACAUUUAUUACUUAUCAGCGCUAAUAUCAUCUGUAAUAUUAGUAAUUUAUAUCAUUAAACAAAAACUAAUAAUAAAUGUAAUCAAUCGGUUCAAAAGUGUUGAUAAAAAAUUGCUGAGAUACGCAGCGAGCGAAUUGAAAAGUAAUAAAAUUAUUUCAAUAAUAUUUAUGAUUAACUUAUUUAUGAGCAUUUGUUACGAGAUUUUUGAAAUAUAUUACUAUCCAUUGCUGUCAGCAAUAAUACGGGAUUUUCCGGUUAUUAUUAAUAGUUUGGUCAUAAUACAGUUCACAAUUAUACUAGAUGUAAUUAAUAAGCGGUUCAAAAUAAUUAAUUUGGCGAUUUCAAAAUUUGAGAUUAAUAAUAAUUGUCGGUCAAUGUCUUCAUCGUUGUCUGUGACAAACUUAUCAGUAUUACGUGAAUCAGUUCUCAAUGAUGUUGGUGGUAUUAAAUGUGCAUACAUGGAAUUAUGUGAAAUUUGUCAAGACAUUGGAGAUUUUUUUGGACCGUCUAUUUUGAUCAUUAUUCUUUAUACUGGUGUCGCAAUGAUAUGCGAUUUGUACUACGGAAUUGUAUCACUCAUGGUUGAAGAUUUUGAUUCCAUGGUGAGUCUUAGUGACGGAGUAUGGGUAAUAUGGAUUAUUUUCGAAUUUAUUGUGUUAACUACUUCCGUGACUACUGUAGAGGAAGAGAGCGGGAAAACAGGAAAUAUCAUUGAUUCAGUCAUGGAUCAAUGCGCGAUGGAUGAACAAGUCGGAAAAGUAUUGUUCAAAUUUUCGCAUGAUCUUCUCCAUCGAAAAGUCGAAUUAACCGCCUGUGAUAUCGUUCCAUUGAACCGUACACUUUUGCAGACUAUUACUGGUACGAUUGCAACUUAUCUCAUUAUCCUUGUAAAAUUCCGAAUAAGUACUCCUUCUAAUUAAAUAAAUUACAUCGUUAUUACUCAGUUUAUAUCUCCAUUAACUUUCUGAUGAUCGAGAUGUAUUAAGUAAAUGAAAAAAAAUGUAAUUAUAAGUAUUCACGCGAUGAACCGCGUACUAGGUUAUUCAAUAAAUUACAUUAAACUAGUCUCCAUUAGUCUUUUAUCGCUUGCGAACACUGUACACAAAUUUUGAACAUCACUCUGUAAUAUUUUCUCUAUAAAUUGUAUCUAUUUAAUUAACAAAUACAGUAAAUAUGUAUUACAAUAAAUAUGACUCAGUGCAUCACCAAUAUCUGACUAUUUUUCAAUAUAUUUAUUUAAAAUUAAUUGGACUGUCGCCUUGGUCAAUAAAUAAUUCAGUAGUGUCUCGCAAAAGCCGGAGAAUUAAUGAUGUUCAAAAUAACGUCUGCAAUUUUUCAUCCGUCGGAUCAUUUUAUAAUGUCGUGUUAAGUAUUUUUGUGGUUUCAUUAGUUCUGUACUCUUUUUAUAAUCUUAAAUUUAUUCAAAUACAGCAUGAUUCCUUGAUAACAGAAUCGACCAUGACAAAUCUUGAGUACUUGGCAGCGCUGAUUACAAGUGUCGUCUACUUAAUUUAUGUGCUCCGACAAAAAAUAAUUAUCGAUGCCUUAAAUAAGUUAGAAAAUGUGGACUAUAAGUUACAAAAAUGUGUGAUGUUUACCAGUAAAAAUCACUAUUACAUUCAUUUAUUAUUUAUCGGAAAUUUAUUUAGCUGCUGUCUAAUUUGGGCAGCUGACUUGUAUGCUUUUAAUCAUUCUUUACUGAUGGCACUACUGCGAUGUUCCCCUGGCUUUAUUUCUAGUUGGACAAUAAUUGAGUAUACAAUGAUGUUAAAUCUGAUUAAUGGAAGAUUCAAAAGUAUUAAUUUGAUGAUGAAGAAGUUUUUAACUGUCAAAACUAGUGAGGAUCAGUUGCAGCCAUUUUUUGGAAAAAUCACAGUAUUGCGUGCAUCAGUGGUUUAUGAUAUCAAUAACAUUAAAUCUGCUUACAUUAAAUUGGGCGAAAUUUGUCAAGAAACUGCAGACUUUUACGGAAUAUUAUUUCUGAUUGCUUUAUUAUAUUAUGGGUCGGCGAGUAUAUUCCAUUCGUAUUUUAUGAUAUUGUCCUUUUACAAAACAAUUAAAUUGAGUUUAAUAGUAACUAUAAUUAGUGGAGGAUUGAUAAUAUGGAUGGUUCUUCAAAUUAUGUUGUUCACAACUUACGUUAAUAAAACAAUUAAUGAGAGUGAUGAAACGGGAAAUAUUAUCAAUGCACUAAUGGAUCAAUGUGUAAUGGAUGAAAAAGUUGAAAGAGAAUUAACUAGUUUUUUACGCAACCUCUCGUAUCGGAAAGUUAAAUUCACCGCCUUUGAUAUUGUCUCAUUAGACCGAACACUUUUAGGAACAAUCGCGGGUACAUUUGUAACCUAUCUUAUUAUUUUAAUACAAUUUCGCACGAGUCCACCUACUGUUUAAUAUAAAUUGUCAUUGUUUGAAUUAUUCUUAUUUUCUACUACAAUUAAUUACGACUAUAACACAGUUCAUAUUUUUUACUCUGAUUAUCAUAAACAUACCUCAGUUCACUAUCAAAAUAAAAUAUAUUCUUCAAAACCAAUAAAAUUGGAUACAAAGUAAUGACACAAAAAGACCGAAACGGGAUUAUACUGAAGGUCAAUUUGAUGCUCGAUCUAAAUCAGCAGCUAUCAGUUUCCUGUUAAAAUUAUUAUUUCCAUCUGCGGUUGUUCAUAUUUUCAAUAAUUUAUUUAUUUAUUAAACAACUCGUAUUUUUUUGAUGUUAUUUUUACUAUCACACUUCAUGAUCUGCAAUUACAACUGAUAGCCAGUGCAUCAGUAAAAAAUAGCUUUGUAGAAUAGAAUGCUUCGCGUUUUAACUGUAAGAGCAUACGAACAUAAAUCACGCAAUGAAAUAUAUAUAAAUCAUGUUUUUCAAAUCGAUGACAGUGUAGCAGUCUCCGUUAAUCCUCUAUCAAGAGCGUUAUUAAAAGUACAUACGAGUCCGUCGAUUUUUUUCAAGCUAGUAUCUAUACAUACUUUAAUAAAAAAUGUAUCACAGCAAAUACGACUCAAUAAAUCAUCGAAUCUUGAUAUUUAUUCAAUCGAUUUUGCUUAAAAUGUUCGGAUUAUUGCCGUGGACAGUUAGUACUCCUGUGAAAUAUCAUAAAAAACGACGGGUUGAUAAUUUUGAUGAUUACACAUGCAAAUUUUCUUAUUUUGGAUCGAUUUACAACAGUGUAUUAAUUAUUCUUAUCGUUUCAUUGGUAAUUUACGUGAUGGUCAGUGGGGACUUUAGUCAUAUACAUGACGAUUCAUUUUUAACGGACUCAGUACAAGCAAAUCUCUAUCACAUCACAGCACUAUCGACAUGUGGGAUACUAUUGAUUUACAUUAUUAAGCAAAAAUUAAUAAUCAGUGCGUUUAAUCAGUUGAAAAAUGUUGAUGAAACUUUGAUGAAGUGUCGAGCGUACAGGUUCAAAAGCUAUAACGUCAUUUAUGUGAUGUUUAUUGUCAACUUUAUUAUGCUCAUUUGCUAUGAGAUUGUUUACUUAUAUCAUUAUCCUGUGAAAUCAGUAAUAAUACGAGACUUGCUAACUGUUAUUAAUAGCUGGGUGAUAAUACAAUAUAUUAUGAUAAUAGAUGUCAUAAAUAAACGAUUCGAGAUGAUUAAUUUGGCUACUUCGAAAUUUGGCACUGAUAAAAAAACAGAGUUUGGGUCGCAAUCAAUAUCUGAGGCGAACUUAUCGAUAUUGGGUGAAUUGGUACCAUAUGAAAUUGAAGAUCUUAAAUGUGCUCAUGGGAAACUGUGUGACAUUUGUCAAGAUGUUGGAAAUUUUUUUGGGCUGUCUAUGCUGUUCGCUACUGUACGCUACGGCCUAAAAACGAUAACCACAUUAUACUUUUUUAUUUUGUUAAGUUUUAAUGUACAUGAAUUUGAUCCUAAGGUUCAUGUUAAUGACAUUAUGUGGCUACUAUGGAUUAUUCCUAAAUUUAUUGCGUUGACUACAUACGUCACCAAAACGGAGAAAGAAAGUAAAAAAAUGGCAGGUAUUAUCAUCACAAUUAUCGAUCAGUGUACGAUGAGUGAGAAAUCAGAAGAAAAAUUGCUCAUAUUUUCACGUGAUGUCUCAGAUCAAAAAGUUGGGCUUAACGUAUGUGAUAUUUUCCCGCUGAACCGCACAAUUUUACAAAUUAUCGCGGGUACAAUUUUUACUUAUCUCAUAAUUGUUAUACAAUUUCGAAAUUGCUCACCUUCAAAUUAAAUUAAUUAGAAUUAUUACUCACAUUAUUUUUCAUUAACUAUCUGAUGAUCAAAGUAUGAUUAUGUAAAUUGAAAAAUACAAUUAUUAGGUUCACGCGAUUAAGUACGUGCUAGUUUUUUAGUCGAUUAUAUCAAAGCAGUCUUUAUAGUCACUCGCCAACAAACGUUUUAAUCGUCACUACAAUAUUAUCUCAAUUAAGUUAUAAAGUAAAUAUGUAUUACAAUAAAUAUGACUCAGUCUACCACAGAAACUUAACUUCCAUCGAACACAUUAUCUUUAAAAUAAUCGGACUAUCGCCCUGGACAGUAAAGAUUUCCAAAAUAUCUCGUAAGAGCCGAAAAGUUCAAAAUAAUAUCUGCUAUUUUUCAUACGCAGGAACAUUCUAUAAUAUCUUAUUGAUUAUUCUUGGGGUUUCAUUUAUUCUAUAUUCUUCAUUUAAUAACAAAUUAAAAACGCCAUAUCAUGAUAUUUUGGUAACUGAAAAUACUGUAUCAAUUCUCAAAUCAUCCGCAGUAGUGGAAGUAGUUAUUGUAAUUUUAAUAUAUACAUUUCGACAAAAUAAAAUAAUAAAUAUUUUGAACCAACUGAAAAAUGUCGACAGUGAUCUACAGAAGAGUGCAGUUUUUACGAUGGAAAGUAAUUAUAUUAUCGUUCACUUUAUAUUUGUUGGAAACCUUUUGAUCUACUGCUGUUAUUUGGCAAUGGAUUCUUAUGCUUAUCAAUUUGAGAAUAUAUUGAUGCAGAUAGUGAUACUCGACUCGCCUAUAAUUAUCUUUAGUUGGAUGAUAGUCCAAUACACGAUUCUACUUGAUAUCGUUGAUAAGAGAUUCAAAAGUAUUAACUUGAUGAUCAUUAAGCUGCGCGAUAACAAAAGUCAUCAUGAUCAAUCCCAAAUAUUGUUUGUUUCAAAAAAUCUAUUGUUACGUGAUUCUGUACAUUAUGAUGUCAAAAACAUUAAAUGCGCUUACGUCAAACUGUGUGAAAUAUGCAAUGACAUUGCUGAUUUCUAUGGACUACCGAUUUUAAUUGCCAUUAAGUAUAUUGGUGCAUCAAGUAUAUUCAUUUCAUAUUUUUUUAUAUUGUUAUUCUCGAAAACAAUACAACUAAAUUAUAUCAUAUGCCUAUGCCAAGGUAUGCGAUUACUGUGGAUGGCUCUACAAAUUUUUAUGUUAACAACUUAUGUCACUAAAACUAUUAAUCGGAGCAAGGAGACGGCCAAUAUAAUUAAUGUACUUAUGGAUCGAUGUGCGAUGGAUGAAAAAGUUGAAAAAGAA